GGAGCUGUCGGCGGAAUACCUCUCGGCCUGGCAUUACCGCGGCGGCAGAACAGUGUGGUCACGUAGUCCCAUCGCGCCGCAUGGUGGAUGGACGUUUCUCUCGUUCGGACGCCGGAGUAAAAUGCUGUAAAGUGUGCGUCGUCGCCGUCGCACCGGAGAGGAAGGAGCGCGUGUCAACGAAGACUUGUUCCUCGUUGGACCCACUUGCACGAAUACUGGCAUUUGUCAGCUACUUGAAGGCUGUGAGCACAACUGCUGUGUGUCUGGUUUGAGCAGUGAUUGAGACACUGCUUUGAAAGAGAGAAUUUCUGAUCCAAAAUGAAGUGGACAUCUGCUACUCCCUUUAAUGAACAAGUAGGCGAGCUUACUCGUGUUUUCUCCCAAUGGAACGAAUGCGAACAGACCGUCGUUCUUUAUGCGCUGCUGCGUAUUAUACCCGCGGUACAGGCGAGGUUUCUCUCGCAGGCGAUAGAACACUCUUUGCACUCUGUAGCGGAAUUGGAUACCAAGGAGAUAAAUGCCAAUAAUCCAAAUUACAUAAAUUCGUUGUCGUCAGAGUCAACCGAAAUUGCGAUCAAUCAGCUUUUGACGCAUUUGCCCUUACUAAAACCUGGAAAUGUAGAGUGCAAGAAGAGCUAUCUGAUAGCGAUACCCGAACUAGUGAGUCAUUGUGUGAGCACGGGACAAUAUACAGAACAAACGCAGCAGCUUUUGAGCUACACUCUAAUACACCCAGCCAUAAAUGGUCACGACAGACGUCUUUUAACUCAGUGGCUUAGAGACCUGGAAGAUCGCAUUAGCAGUACGCCACCCAUUACUGGUUUCGAAGAUUAUCCAAAUACUUCAAUGAGAUGGGACAGCCCAUGGCAAAGGAACUCCAAACAGCAUAAUGAACAGUCAAAUCUGUUCAAUACACAACCAGGCGCUACAUUUAAUCUACAUUUUGCUGGAUCCAUUAACCGUCAACGUCGUUCGAAUAGCUUGACACCACCGGUAGUACCGCCACAUCACCUCGAAAUUGUUGACCGUACCAAUAACACAAACACUUCAUCCAGGCACAAGCCGCGCAGCUUUAGUGUCUCUGGAGAUCAUGCCAGCAAUAUUAUUGGUUUGGGUCCCCUAAGCCCGCAGAGUUCCUGUGCAAGUAGCGGUAGCGAGGGUCGUUUGGAUGACGCUUCGAAUCGUUCGCUCGCGAGUGGCAUGAGAGAUGUACAAUUGUGGCUUAAAACAUUACGACUUCACAAAUACAGUUAUUUGUUUGCUACCAUGAGUUAUGAGGAUAUGCUGCAGUUAACGGAAGAUCAAUUAGCGGAGCAAGGGGUUACGAAAGGUGCUAGACACAAGCUGGCUCUUUCUAUCGCUAAACUGCAGCAGCGAUACAACACACUUGUAAAUUUAGAAAAAGGUCUGGUGCAACCUAGCGCUCGCGAUGGUAUGCAAAACACAUUCUCACAGGGCCCAUCGCUGCUCAUUAACACGAUGGAAGAACUUAAAACGAUUCUGGCCACGCCUAUGAAGCCGAGUCAAGAGAGCGAUCCGCAAGAUAUUCCUGCGCAGUUUACGAAAGUGCUUGGAAAAUUAUGCAGUAGACUGGCUCUAGAAAGCGUCGAGGACGGUAUUUUGUGCGCCUACGUCAACAUUUUGGAGAAGGUGUUACAACACGAUUGUUUCACUCCGAAUCAAAAGGAGAAAGUGCAACAGUGGCGUAGCAGACUUGGCAAUCCGCGACCAACUCCGAAGUGGCAGCAUAACUACGGAUAUAAUAACAGGAGAUAUGGGAAUCCGCAGCAGCAUAGUAGGAAGCCGAGUUUGAAUAUGAACCACAUUCACAACACCCAUUCACACAAUCAGUUUAUGAUUGCUUCGCACAGAAACAGUAUAUCCACACCGUAUUUGCAAAAUAAUCAGAAUCAGAGUCAGAAUAUGAAUAACAUGAAUACGAGUAACUUGCGCGCGGUACAUACGACCGAGAAGAGACAGAGUUUGCAGGAAACUAGCAUGGAGCAAUUGCAGAAAACAUUACAACGCGCGUACAGCGCGCCACGUGAUCAUUUCGUGGGUCACUCUGCCAAUGGGGCAAACGAGACGACGGAACCGGAAAUCGAUUCUCGCCUGGAAUCUCUCUGCUUGAGAAUGACUGAACAGGCGCUCGGUGGGUUCGGCGAGGCCUAAUCUUCCAUAUUUGCGUUCCGGGAUUUAUAAGUAAGUCCCGUUCCAAAUCCUUUUUGGAUUUUAGACUCCGAAAAUCAGGAGGGAAAUUCUGUUCGCCAAAGCGCGAGUCAUCUCUAUCUCGCGCUCGCUCGUGUUUUGGCAAACAGCGUAUUUGAGUCAUCAUUUUAAAGUGAUAGUCUGCAAUGGAGACGACGCAUUUUUUUGUGUGCAAAUACCCGCGUGUACACACACUUUUGUGCUUUAAUGUCCGACCAAAUGGAAAAAAAAUGUCCGAAACGUGCGACAUUGCUGAGAAAGAUAAAAAUAAGUUUUUCUUUGAAAAUCGAAAUAUGAAACAUUUACAUACAUGUACACACAUUAUUUCUUAUUACGUCCGAGAGAUGCAAUUGUAUUAUUUAAUUGACAGAAUUUGGCAAGCCAAAUGCUAUUAGAAAGAUUGAUUCUUUCCUCGAUUGUUUGCUGCAACCGUAUAUAUAAAGAUAUAUAAGAAGAAGUAUAUGUAUAUAUAAACACACAUAUACACAUAAAACGCGCGCGUAUAAUAGAAUUUUAGAGUCAAAAAAAAGAGAGAAAGGAAUUUUAAAUCAAUAUAAAAUACGAGGGAAGAAUGAUGGAAGAAUAACAUUUACAUCACCACGCGAUGUUCUGCAAUAUUUUUUUUUGUGUUAUCCAUUUUAUAUGAAAUGGAAUUUGAUUUUAAGCGCCGCGGAGACGUUGUAAUAACGUAAUUGUAAUUCCCUUUUUAAUAACUCGACUGAUUUUACUUCUUUUUAUUAUUACUAUAUUAUUAUUACUAUAUUUUUAUUAUUAUUACUGUCAACAUCACUAUUACUAGCGCUACUAUUGCUCCUACUACUAUUAUCGCUACUACUAUUAUUACUAUUCUAUCACUAUUACUACUAUCAUCGCUACUAUCACACUCACUACCGUUACGGUUGCUCUUUACUAUUACUAUACUCCGUCUAGAGAAUGAGCAUACUUAAAGGGUUGCCGCUUUGUCGCAUAAGUUAAUCUGCGCAUACAUUGAAACUUAAUCUCAAACUGUGCCGAGAACGUACGGUCAACGUACAGCGGCAUGUAUGCUUUGUAGUUGGCGCACAGAUCUCGUGAAUUUUUCAAUUUGCUUGACGGAUUUCAUCCCACUUUUUUUUUCUUUUUUUUCUUGUUUUUAUAAGAUGGUAAACUAAAUGCAAGUAAAUAUACAAUAAUGAAUAUUAAGGGCCUUAUGUGAAGAGAGAACGAGCAAACGUAUGAGGUGUAGAAAUUUGAUAUUAUAAAGUAGCAGCGAAAUUUCGAGGGAGGUAGACUGGCGCUGUACGUUACGGCGCGACAUCGAAAUCUGUGGCUUUAAAUUAUAAGCAUACACCGUAUCUAAUCUAUUUAGCAUGUGUUAAAAGUAGCGUCGCGAGUAACGUAGCAUAAUAUUUUUUCGUGCAAGCAGAAAAUUAAAUUUAUUAAAUCGCAUAACGCUAGCGAAUAAUAACCGAUUAACCGUGAAAUAAGGAAAAAAAAAUAUAUAUAACGAAAGACUGAAUAAUUCACGCGCCACGAUCCGUCGAUAAUUAGAUUAUGGAUAUUUAGAUUAUGGAUAUUUAGAUUAUAUAUUUAGAUAUAUCCUGGAUGCUUCAUUGUCCCUUCCGUUCGCACGGACCUCGUGGGCGCGUGAAUAGAAUAAUUGGAGAAGACUGCGAAGAAAAGGAAAAACUUGUCAAAAUAAUUAAGAAUUAGCAAGCGCGCGAGACCUAGAAAGCUAGGAGAGAUUAAAAAAAAAUAAAUGGAAAAUGGAAUAAGGUUAGUUAAUUAGUAUACAUUAUAUUAGUGAUUAUUGUAACAAUUAUAUUCUGCUAGAGGAUAAUACGUGUAAGAUCGCGCGGUGAUUUCUCGAAUCCAGGAGUAUCCUGCUAUGUAAAACUAAGAACUUGUAUAUUUAGUGAUAACCGUAAACACACUGAAGGGAUGAUCAUACUUAAUCAUAAUUUCGUUUCACACACGCGGUAUCUUUUAUUCGAUCAGUGGCAAUAGCAGCAACAUUAUCACCAAAACUGUAUCCGAUCGGUUGUAUACAUAUAUUAUUGCGAAGGAUGUCACUCCACGAAUUCCAAGAGAAACGAUCAAAAGCUAGUCAAACGAUAAGUUUCUAAUUUCUACCAGUAUAGUUAAUUAAUUGUACAUUAAAUCUACACAUAUUACCAGAAUUACAUAGGGCGACACACAUUCGACAAAGAGGACGCAUGCAAUUCACACAGAGACAUGUACACACACGUACGCACUCGCAGAUACACAUACACACACACAUUCACACAUACUUACGUUCACAUUCGCCACGUUACAUACGCAAUAAGUAAAGCGAUCCGAGCGAGAACGCAUGUGAAAAAGCUCAAAGACUGCUCCUAAGCGACAUCAGGAAUUUCAUUCAGCGUAGAAUUACUACUUAUAUAUUUCAUCUAAUCGAAAAAAAGCGCAUCUUCUAAUCUCCAACUGACAAAGGCAGGACCUGAAUUGUAUUAAAGGAUGCAAAGAGAUUUUAUCCGCAUAUACAUAUAGCGAUCUGAGCUAAGGAAAGAAAAAAAGAAAGAGAAAAGGAAAAAAAAGCUGCAAUCAAUCCUGCCGAGGAUCGAAGCCGCCGCUAUGUUAAUUUUCUGCCGAUCGAUCAUUAAUUUAACGUCAUUGUUGUUUGUGGUAAGCUUUACAGACUAGUAUAAACAUAUGUACUUAGUACUUUGCACAAUCUCUGUCAGGAUCGAUGGACGCUUGCCUUGCUCAAAAUUAACUGUCGGCGGCGGUUUGUUACGUGAUUCUAUGAAAACGUGAAGGCUGACUGUGCGUGCGAACGAGUGAAAACGAACGGAUAAACAAAUCGAGAAAAUGUUUGACUGAAACGUUUGAUCGCAAAGUGGAAAAUCACAAGGAGAUUAAUAUAUAUUCUAUACAUAAAAAACAAACACUUCGAGUAAUCGUGAAAGAAGCGUUGUCUUUCAAUAUAAGAUAAAUGUUAAUAAUAAAUGUAAAAAAUGCACGUUUUGCAUUUUGUAGUUAUAAAAAAAAGAUGCAAAAGUCUGACACAGUUACCGAAAUAGUGAAUAAAAUGGUAGCGAAGGUUCAUAAAAAUGAACACGAAAUUUUUCCAUUUUUUAAAGUUUGUACUUGCAUAUUAAUGGAACGAUAUACUUCGUCUCGAUACGAUAUCAAUUCUGUUAGUAUGUAAAUAUUAAUGAUUCACGUUUGUGAUUUCUUGUGAUUUUCCAAUUAGUUGGUUAUCUGCACAUACACACGCGUGUGCACAUUUUAUUUGCUUGACUCGUUACAUUCAUAUCGGGUUCUCUAGCUAUCCUUUUGACUUGGAUAGCGGUAAAAUGUACCACGCUCGCCAUGUUCUGUUAUCCGCUCGUUGACCUCGGUUCAGGAUAGACGCGAAAGUAGAUAUGUACUUGGGUGAAAACUUCGCGGAUUAUACUUUGGCCGGACACUUGCAGCAACCAUUGACUGCUUAAGAAUUGCGCUGCUGAUGGAUUACAGUAGUAGUAAAUUGGUGGAAUGAUUUUCCUUGAUUGCGAUUUCGAGGACAAGAUUGUGCGAGUUUCCGGCUGAAGAUAUUUACGAGGAGACCCGGAUAGCAAAUGGUAAUUAGAUCCAAUGUGGAUAAGUAUAGAACCGAUACGUCGUAGCGACUGAUUUUAUUUUAAAGCGCAUCGCGCGACCGGAAAGCACGCCGCGAGACGCUUUUUUUCUUGUACGCGGGAUGCUUUCGCAUCACCGCUGGAGUACUAGUGUUCACGUUUUGCCGCAGCUUCUCCGGAUAAUAUUAGAUAAGUCGUAAUAAGACCCUUCGUCAGAUUGCUAACCGGGAUACCUUAGUCAUAAGCUGGGGCAACUUGUAAAAAAUGCAAUUUUUGUACUGUUAUAAAAAGUUAAAUAGACGGAGGUACACUGACGUUGUAGCGUGAAAAAACAUUUUUCAAUAAAAGAUUUUUCAUA